CAUGCAACACGCAGAUACACAUCGGGAGGGGCGACGUCACUCAAAGCCUCUGCAACUGCAGCCUGGGAGGGAUUACCUCUCGGCCUCCGCAUCCCGCCGAUGAGUGGCUCAUUUCGCCCAUCUCCCUUUAGUCAGAGCUCUGCAAAUCAAAGCAGCAACAGCCUCGCAGCCACUCGCUGGACGUGCAGCCUUCAGUCUCAAGAUUUCUCUGCUCCGUCGAGUCGCUGCUGCCUGUCAGCGCUCCCCAACAGCCAAGAAGCUCUUCACCUCACACGCUCGCACCAUGUCCAUCACCACGACCAACGACAAGCAGUGGUUCAGUGAGACUGAGGCCAUGUGGCCCGGUCAGAAGUUCUCGCUCGAAGUGGAAGAAGUGCUUUUCCGCGGCAAGUCGGACUUCCAGGACGUGCUGGUCUUCAAGUCGGCCACGUACGGCCAUGUGCUCGUACUGGACGGAGUGAUCCAGCUCACGGAGCGUGAUGAAUUCGCCUACCAGGAGAUGAUCGCUCACUUGCCCAUGUUCUCGCACAAGCAGCCUAAGCGUGUGCUCGUCGUGGGUGGCGGUGACGGUGGCGUGUUGCGUGAGGUCACCAAGCAUGACUGCGUCGAGGAGAUCGUCAUGUGCGAGAUCGACUCGAUGGUGUGCGACGUGUCCAAGAAGUACUUUAAGGACACGGUGGCCACGGCCUUUGACGAUCCGCGUGUGAAGCUCCUGCACGCUGACGCUGCCGUUUACCUGCGUGAGAACACGACCGAGAAGUUCGACGUUGUUAUUGUGGAUUCGUCGGAUCCGGUCGGACCUGCCGAGGUCCUGUACCGUGCCGAGUUCUACGAGAGUAUGAAGAACUCGCUGUCCCCCGAUGGCAUUAUCUGCACGCAGGGCGAGUGCCUGUGGUUGCACCUUGACCUCAUCGUGGAUGUCAUGCAGCGCUGCCAGAACCUCUUCCCCACCGUCAACUACUCGUACACGACCAUCCCGACGUACCCUUCAGGGCAGAUCGGCUUCAUCAUGUGCUCGCUCGACAAGAGCGAGGGUGUGCUGGCUAAGCCCAAGCGCAUGCCCGACGCCAAGAUGGAGGAAACGCUACGCUACUACAGCGCCAAGAUCCACGAGGUCUCGUUCGUGCUGCCUGCCUUCGCCGAGCGUAAGAUCGCCCCCGUGCGCAAGUGACGCUCUUUACUUGACCACAGAUACUCUAUCCAAUCACCAUAACCCCAAGUAAGCGCGUAUGUUUACUACCGUCUAUCGUUUAAAGAUAUUGCAUAGUUAACCUCUCGUUUUAGCCUGUCGUGACAGUCGUAACCCCUGUGGGUACGAAGAGUGUGAUCUUGUCAACUUUCCAGCAGAAAUCUGGCG